UUUAGUUUAGGCAAUAUUUUGUGACGAAUAUUGCAGACGGUUGCGGCAAAUACUAACUCAGGGAGCUGUAAAUAGGAUUUGAUGUUACUAUAGUUACAGAAAUACGUGGUUUUAUUUUGGUUUAUGUAAUUACUAUAUUUAGUGCAAAAAAAGCUCAACGAAAGCCCUGAAUGGGAACUAAAUCUGAAAUUUAUAAGAUUGACUAAAUUACCACAUUUGUUUGGCAUUCUACAAUCAAUCGUCACAUAAGUCACGCAAAACUACAAUGGACAUCAAAGAACAGAUCGCUCAGUUGCAGAGUGACCUGGAUGAGGUGAAUGUGUUUCUGGAGAAGGCAGUAAGAAAACGCGUUCAGGAUGUUCUGACAGCAGAGAAGAAGAAGAUUGAGAGGGAGAUCGUCAGCAAGCAGCAGCAGCAGCAGCAACAUCAGUUACUGAAACAGAAAGAUAGCGGGGAUUCUGAGAAAACAUUGCUGCCUUCAACAUCCAGGGGAUAUACUGUGAAAAUAAAUAACUAUGGGUGGGACCAGUCUGAUAAAUUUGUAAAGAUUUAUAUUACUCUUAAUGGUGUACACAAGAUCCCAGCAGAUAACAUUCAGACAAACUUCACUGAGAGGUCAUUUGAGGUCCUUGUCAAAGAUCUAGAAGGAAAGAACUACCAAAUGAAUAUCAACAACCUCCUGAGUGCCAUUGAUGCAGAGGAAAGCUUUAGGAAGGUGAAAACAGACAUGGUCUUGGUGAUGUGUAAAAAGAAGACCCAACAAAAGUGGGAGUUCUUGACUCAGGUGGAGAAAAAGACGAACGACAAGAAAAAGCCCUCUGCAGACACUGCAGACACUGACCCCAGUGACGGGCUCAUGAACAUUCUGAAGAAGAUGUACGACGAAGGCAACGAUGAGAUGAAGAGAACCAUCAACAAAGCCUGGACUGAAUCUCGAGAGAAACAGAACAAAGUAGAAAAUAUGGAUUUCUGAACCAGAAACAAUACAUACAUAAAUAGUAUUCCACACUAUAGUAACACGGUGGAUUCACUAGCCGAUUGUCUACUUGACUUAGAUUCUUAAAAGGUUUACCUUAUAAUUGUAACACGGAAAUGGCUACUUUUGUGAGGGCAUAUACAAGAGGUAAAUGUUUGUCAUGCAAAUAACGGAAAUGUAGUGCCUUUUGAUACUCAUCCAUUCUAAAGAAUGCAAAUGUGAAUAAAAAAAAUAUGAAAGUUA